GAGCUCACUGCCUGUCAACGGAGAUACCAACAUGCCAUGAAACGAUUGUCCAACAAGUUCGACCAACACGCGCCUGCGUGUAAGCCUGAUGGAAGCUAUGAUGAGAUUCAAUGUYAUGGUCAAACUUGCCAGUGUGUGGAUCGCAAAGGCAUGGAGGUGCUUAACACAAGGAUGCAAUCUGUUGCUAGGAGACCAAACUGUGCUCACCCAGAUCAUAACCUGUCUCCUUGUGAAAAGGCUCGUCGAGUUGCCAUGACAACAGGCAGGUUUGCUCCUCGAUGUCAGCCAGACGGAAGCUGGCAGCUGAUCCAGUGUGAACACACUACCAAGGAAUGCUGGUGCUUAGACGACAACAAUGCAGAAGUUAAAGAGACAAGAACUAGUGGCCCAAUCUCGUGUAGAAGUACAGGCAAUAAAGGAAAUUGUUGGCAGGAGUACGUCAAGACGCUCAGAUCAUCAAGGAGAUCAAGCCGAUUACCAUGGUGUAGGAGAGACGGCACAUACAACCCAAUGCAAUGUCAUGGUUCUUUCURCUACUGUGUGACUAAAGAUGGUUCUGAAAUUUCCGGUAGUAAGCUGAGUGUGGUGGUGGGCAAGCCAAACUGUACCUCUAAAGGUGAAAGUGUAACUCUGUGUCAGCGGCAGUACCAUGGAGCCAUGCUCUCUGGGUUCACGGGUGGUCACGUGCCAAGAUGUAAGCGAGAUGGUCGGUAUGAAGAGGUACAGUGUCAAUCAGGUACAUCAGUGUGUUGGUGCGUCGACGUGAAAGGCAAAGAGCUACCUGGGACAAGGACAGCUAAUGCUAUAAAGUGCCCUGUCAUAGGUGGGCCAUUGACUACAUGUCAGCGCAUGUACCUGGAUUAUGCUCGUAAACCGUCAAAGAAUYGCAUGACACCAAGAUGCACACCCGAAGGAGAGUUUGAGUCUGUUCAGUGUCAAGCGCUGUUUUGCUUUUGUGUCGAUAAAGAUGGUAAAGAAAUACCAGGAACACGUUUGAAUAACACUAUUGGGAGGCCAAUGUGCAAUAUAAAAGAAAACAAUUUCCUGAGCUCAUGUCAACGAGAAGCAAAAGACAUCGAAACACAUCCCAGUAUGAAAAACCAACACAAACCACGCUGCAAUGCAAACGGUAGCUACGAAGAAGUGCAAUGUGAUCCAAGGACAGGUCAAUGCUGGUGUGUUGAUCGACUUGGACGUGAGCUGACGGGUACCAGAACAAGUGGAUAUGUUAAAUGCCCUUCUGCAGGUCAUUCUUUAACUCCCUGUCAAAAAGAAUACCAAAAUAUCCUUCGACGGUCCCUGUUACCCCACAUGGUACCACAGUGUACAUCAGAGGGUCGUUACGAGCCCGUUCAGUGCAGUGAAAACUACUGCUUCUGUGUCAAUGCUUAUGGAGUCGAAAUCGCUUACUCGAGAGCACCGAAGAACGAGGAAACACCUGUUUGCCAGCCAGUAGACAUAGGUCCAACUCUCUGCCAGAAACAGCUUCAAAUUUACAUGCGAGCAGACGACCACCGUCAACUCGAACCCAGCUGUAACCCAGACGGCUCAUUCCGUGAUAUUCAGUGUUAUGGCGCUGAAUGUUACUGUGUUGAUAGCAGAGGUGUGGAAAUACAAGGGACGAGAAAGAACUUUAUUGAUGGAAGACCAAUCUGCGAGAAAAAAUUGACCAUUUCUUCAUCCUGCUGGAACGAUUACGUUCUUACCUCUAAUUCCUCUCAUUCUGGUACCUUCACUCCCUGGUGCAAGAAGAGUGGCACUUACAAACCCACUCAGAUCCAGGGCUCGCGCUACUUCUGCGUAAAUGACCGUGGAUUUGAAGUACUGGGAACAAGUGUUAGCGUCAUGCAGGAACAACCAAACUGUAAGGCAGCCGUCUCUCCAGGAUUUAUCCCAUCUCCAUGCCAACGAGAGCAGAUCAGGCAUACAUACGAACCAAAAGCAGAGGGGAGUUACAUUCCCAAGUGUAAAACUGACGGAAGCUAUGACUCAAUACAGUGCGAUACGACACGAGGACAGUGCUGGUGCGUGGAUCGAGACGGGCAGGAACUUGAUGGAAUGAGGACUGCCGGAUUAAUCAUUUGCCCUGGUGAUGCACCUUUUACACGAUGCCAAGCUCAGAGGGACAAAGCACUAAGAAAUAUCUUUGUUGGUUCGUCAUUACCUUUAUUUGUUCCUCGCUGUAAACUGGACGGUGGGUUUGAGCACGUACAAUGCCAUGGUCUUAGCGGUCAGUGUUGGUGUGUGGAUGAAAAUGGUAAUGAAUUUCCAGGAAGUGUUACGACAGGAAAGAGACCAGACUGUGCUAAAGCUGCAAAGAUGACAAGCUGUCAACGUCAUCGUCUAAUGGCCUUGGGAUUGACAGGGAGACCGAAUCCAGGGCGCUAUGUUCCUCAGUGUAAACCUGACGGCAAAUACAAAGACGUACAGUGUCACAUUGGGACAGGAUUGUGUUGGUGCGUUAACGAAAAGGGACAAGRACUUAUUGGGUCUAGGACAUGGGGAGAUCCACAGUGCCAAAGGACACCCUCAGAAAAAAGAUUUCCACUAGACAUUGCUAUAAUGUUCCCACCAUCGUCGUCUGACCCAGCCAUCACUGCUAUGAAGACAUUCACUAAGUCUAUCGUGAAUUCAUUCGAUAUUUCCCCAACGGGCACUCGCUUCAGCUUUGCCGUGUUUGCAGACGAUGUUCACUCGCCUCUCAGCUUUAGCUCUCUGGAAGGAAGGAGUAUUUCGAAGGAAAAUGUAGAGAAAGUUCUAGAUGGAAUGAAGAUGACUGGAAGUGUUACGAGACUGGACAAGGGACUCCAAUGGGUAGACCAAGAGAUAUUUAAUGAAUAUAAUGGAAUGACACCAAUGGUUCUAAAGGUACUUAUAGUUAUCAUGGAUAAGAAGCAAACACGUGACCAGGGCCGAUACGUCCCAUUAUCAAUCGCAUCAGAAGAUCUCAAAGCCAAAGGUAUCAAGAUCUACUGCAUAGGAAUUGAGAGUUUAAUUGAACUGGGUGAACUCAUGGAUGUUUGCUCAAGUCCUUCUGAUGUCUACACUGUUAAGGAUUAUAAUGACCUCGCUAAAAAUGGAAAAGAAAUGGUGAAAAUUGUUAAAAACUACACAAGAAAUGAACUAAGAGCUGUUAAACAAUGCAACCUCCCCUUGAAGUCAGGAAGGCGUGGAUGCUUAGCCUCUCUACGUUCUUGGUACUACAACAGUAGGUUGGGACAGUGCCUGCAGUUUACGUACAGCGGUUGUGGUGGAAAUGCAAAUAACUUCGCGACUCAUGAGAAAUGCAGAAAAAGUUGUGGAGGUAUCCUUCCGCUUUGCUACGAAGUUCAGCACAGAAAAGCUUUUCUAUCAACGAGUCAUUAUCAGCCAGAGUGUGAGCGUACAGGAGAAUACAAACCUGUGCAAUGUUAUGGAUCUAGUACAUACUGUUGGUGUGUUGAUAGGCAAGGCAAAGAGAUUCCACAAACCAGAGUUAGUGGUGGAGUACCAGUAUGCAGUCUCCGUGGAGAAAAGUCAACGCUAUGUCUAGCUGCUCGUCGUAAAUCCCUCGGUCAGUUUGGAGUUCCGAGUAUUGGCCGACAUGUACCCGACUGUGAUGCGAAUGGAAACUAUAAUAGUCUUCAGUCCGAUGGUAAUUCAGAUUAUCACUGGUGCGUAGAUUCCUCGGGAUAUGCCAUUUCUGGAACCCAACGUUGGGGAAUACCUGACUGUAAAAAUAUUGUGCCCUACAAUAGAGGACCAUCGAACGUGUGACUCAUCUCCCAAGUGUUCCCAUGACAACGAUUGCUCAYCUGGUUUGACGUGCUGCCAAUGUGGUAAAGCUACGAGAUGUCUUAGCCCUACCAACAAAAGAAGAU